UUACCCUUCCCCACACUGCUGCGCCGCGCAGUCUUCUGCUUCUCCCCACCCUCGCCUCAGCUUCCCUGCCGUUCCCUCCGAUCACCAGCUGCUUGUGCUGCUGAGUGCUGAGGCAAGAACCACCGCGUUUCAUUGUUCGAGUCCUUGCUCAGUCCCAUACAUGUUCCUCUUCUUUGUGCUUGCUGCUAUAGAUUUUGAACUAUUAUUGUUCACGUGCAGGGUAGCGAUGAAGAUCUUGAACCAGCCCAUCAGCCCAGGCGGCCAUCUCGUGCCGGCGCAGCCGAGCACCACGGCGGCCGCGGGGCGGUCCCAUGCGCACUGCCCUCGGUGGCAGGCGCAGACGCUGCGCCGGGACAGCAGCUACGUCGGCGUCGAGCACAUCGACGGGACCACCGCGUCCGUCCCAGUCCCAGUCCCAGUCCCAGUCGCGGCCCCGUUCAAGCCGCUCACGCUCGACUUCCUGCGGUCGCUCCUGGACCGGAACUGCAGCAUGGCCCCCGCCGUCCCGGACGGCGAGGCCAGCGCCCCGCCGCCGCCGCAGAUGGUCGCGCUCCGGGUGCUGGUGACCUCCGCCGUGGAGCUGGACGCGCGCCAGGCCGAGCGCAUCGCGCGCAAGAUGCGCCGCCUCACCGGCUUUGUCGACCUCAAGGUAGAGACCGCCGUGGACGCGUCCCUCAUCGCCGGCUUCGUCGUCUGCUACGGCACCGACGACUCGCACGUCAUCGACCUCAGCGUCAGGGGCCAGCUCGCGGCGCUCAAGAGCCGCGUCGACUCCAUCGACCAGACCGCGCAUGCCCACGGACACCCACACCACCACUGACCGUCGAUCCAACACCUGAGGCACCGGAGCAAAGCACAGCGCGCCGUCACCGUGCUACAGCUUACAAUACAAGCCUAUACUGUACACGCACAGAAUGACAGAACAGAACCGAACGCGCGCCAUGGCAACAACAGUUUUCCUAGGUAAUGUUGUUGUAAAUCGAUAGCGAGAAAACUUAAUUGCUGCUACCUUCCUUCCUGCUGAGCUUGUAUACGUUUCUAUUGCUAAAGAAACGAACGCUAUUGAUUGUAUAUUUGAUCGAUGUGGAGACAGCAUGCAGCCUCUAUGGUGUAAAGUCUAAUAUGCUAUUGCAAGGUUGAAGUUUGUAUAUGGAGGAUCAGGCCUGCAGCAUUGUAAUGGACUCCAUGACCAUGAAAAAAAUUUGGCUAA